AUGAUCUCGUACGCGUUGAAGGCUGCAUGGUUCGCUCUUUCUCUCUCGGGUCUUCUUACUAGUUUGGUGGUCCUACGUUACUCUGUCGUCGCUCUGGGGGGACACUGGAUACCCGUCACGUACGCCAUCGCCAAUACGGCGAUGCAGGUAGUAUUCUGCUUGGGCAUGAUAUGGAAGAUGAAUCCGUACGCAAUGCCGUCUGGGUUCUGUAGACUGCAGGCCGCACUUGUGACCCUCUCAUGGUUCGCUAUGACCGGCCUGUGCGCCAUCAUGACAGUCUCUACGUCAUUGUCGAUCGUGCGUUCCCGAGGAAAGCUAAGCGUGGCAGACUUCCAACGUUCCCUGGAGUGGCACCCUGUGUCUAUGCCUGUGAUGGUCGGUUGCUUGGCGAUAUUCUUUACUUUAUGCCUUGUUGUCUCGCUCAAGCUCCACGCAAUCGAGGGGGCCGACGGCUUACAGUGUGAUGUCGCUCACCACGAAUGGGUCCGUCUUCUGGGUUAUGCCGGUAUACCCCUUCUGUUUGCAAUACCCUCCCUAGUGCUUGCUUGUGCCUCUGUCGUCCUGCUACUGUCUAGUCGACAACAAUCUACUCAUCCCCCAACCAGUUACCAAACCUCCCAGGCCGACGCCUUCACCGCAGUCCCUGUGCGCCGCUUGCAGUCAGCGAAGCGGAUCUCGACGCGGUCCUCCGAGCGAGACACCCCCAUUGAGCCCGAGCUCCGGACUCCCGCUACGGCCGUCUUCGACCCAGACGUGCACGAGAUCCCGAGGACCACGUCGACCACCCCGACGGCAGAACACAUGAUAUACAUUGUGCCGUCCCGGACACCGUCCGACCAUGGACGGACGAGCGUCGGCCGCGCGCCCAUCAGCCCUAUCGUAGCGCGCCACAGCCGACACUACCACCUGCCGUUCUCCUGGAAAUCGGGCUCGGGGUCGAACCUUUCGCUGGGGCAGACGUCCGCAGAUGCACGCCCGAGCAGGUCAACGAAGUCGCCCUCGCCGAUGUCCUUCCUGCCGCACAUGUCGUCGAGCAGUGCGCGGACGAGCCCGGAGAACAUGCACGUGUGCCCGACGCUCAUGUACGGCCAGCCGUCGUCGCCGACCUUCCUGACGAACCUCGGCGACGACUCCGUGAACGGCCAUUCGGACGGCGGCGUGUUCUGGGACGAGGAGACGGGCGCGUUCGUGUACGACGGCGAGGACGACGACGACGAGACGACGAGCGGGUCGAUGCGCUGGGCCCGCCCGUCCGUCGCGUCCGACUCGACGAAGUCGCCGGAGCUCGAGUUCGCGCGGGGUCCCGGCGCAGGGGAAGGCCCGACGAUGUACACCUACCCCAAGCGGCCGUCGUCUUCGGACGUGGCGGUGUCAACGCCCGCGUGGCGCAGUGCAGACGUGUGGCGGACACUCUUCUUCGAGACUUUCCUGUCGUUCGCCCAGAUAGCCGGCGCAAUCACCUCGCUGAGCGAUGUCUUCUCCGGGCGCGGUCCGCCCACGCCUUUCGGCUCGCAGCACGUCGCCUUCCUGCUCUUUGCAUGGGCGCCGACAAUAGCGUUCGGCGUGCUCCCGUGGCGGCGGCUCAUGUCGCUCAUCCACUGA